CGAAUCGAGUCGAAUCGAAAGCAGCGAGCAGAGCAGAAAAACUGAAAUGUAUCGCUUGCUGCUAAAGUCAGUUAAGCUGCAAUUGCUAUGCAUCGGACUGUUGGCGCAGCUAACGCAGCAGGCGGAGCAAAAUUUCUACACAGCAGGUGUUGUGGAAUUUCGCCAGGCCGAGGGCAAUGAGCUGCUUGUGUGGCAGGAGAAUUUAGCGGGUUAUUUGGAAAUAAUACACUCGACAAAUGCCAGCGCAACAGAUAUCAUAAUAUUUCCCGAAGCCACACUCAAUACCAUUGAGACGGCAAGUUUUGUGCCUGCGCCGGAGCAACAGAUUACGCCCUGUCUAGACGAUGCACAGAGUUUGGUUUACGCAGAGUUUCUGGUGAAAUUGUCGUGUGCAGCGCGUGAGACGCGCAAAUAUAUUGUCAUCAAUCUGAGUGAGCAACAGCUGUGCUCGGAUACGCCCGAGGAUACGCGUCCAUGUGCGUCAACGGGCUACAAUAUAUUCAAUACCAAUGUGGUGUUCGAUCGCCAAGGAGCUGUCAUCUCACGCUAUCGCAAAGUUCAUCUCUAUGGCGAAAUGAGGAAUUCAACAUUUAAGCCCGAAACAGUUGCUUUCGACACGGACUUCAAUGUGACCUUUGGGCACUUCAUAUGCUUUGACAUUAUGUUUGAGCAGCCAACGCUGCAGCUGCUGCAGCAAGGAGUGAAGGACUUUGUUUAUCCCAGCAUGUGGUUCUCACAGCUGCCAUUGCUGACAUCUGUGCAGGCGCAACUGUCUUGGGCCUACGCCAAUGAUGUCAACUUGCUGGCAGCGGGUGCCAGCAUGCCCAAGUGGGGCAGCACUGGCACUGGCAUAUUCCAUGGACGACAGGGCACAAUUGUAAGCAAAAUGGUUACAGAUGCGGGCGAGCGACGCAUCUAUGUAGCUCAAGUGCCCAAGUAUGGCCCAGACAACGCGUCUCAGCCGCCAGUUGAUGAGCUGGAGCUGCUGCCUAGAGAUUCGGCAAGCGGCUUGCUCUUGAUCAAACGCGAUGAGCUGGAGAAUUACAAAAGCGUGCGCUUGGAGCAGCUGCUGCCGCCGUCCAGUGGCGUCAGCUCUGGUCUAUUGCAACAUCAGCUCUGCCAUGGCUUUAUCUGUUGCAACUUUAAAUUGCAUUGGCGCCGUCGCCAAGCAGCUGAUGAGACUAACUUUAGUUAUCGCCUGGGCGCCUUUGAUGGCUGGCGUGAGGAGCAGCACAUCGAUGAUGCCAAUUAUGUGCGCAAUUGCGCGAUAUUUGCCUGCACUGGAACGAGCAUUGAGCAGUGUGGCUUGAUGCCCGAUUUGGAGCAGCAGCAGGCUGCGUUUAGCUUUGACAAUCUCACCAUUGAGGCCAACUAUGUCAAGUCGAGUGCGCUGCUGCUUAUGCCCAAUACGCUGCUAGCUGAUUUAUAUCCACUGGAGCCAGCUGACUUCGAUUGGUCGCUACGCGAACUGAACAAUAGUCAUGCCAUUGCCGCACGCUUGACGCUCACAUCGCCUGCUCCACACAAUUUACUCACAUUUGCCAUAUAUGGCAAUUAUUUUGAUGAUGUCUGCACUUAUCAUCCGAAUGGCACGACAGAGCAGAAUCUUCAGUGCGGCUUCAAGCCAUUGGACGAUGGCGCCACUCAGCUGCAAGCUCUGGGUGUUGCAUUGAGUUUGCUGCUGGCGCUGUCGCUAACUCUAUUCAAUUGAUUUUGGACUUGUAUAUAUU